AUGUCUUUCCUCGACCUUCCCACUGAGCUUUUGUUGGAGAUCUGCAACAGCUUACAGCCAACACACAUCCUUGACCUGGCCUGUGUGAAUCCUCACUUCCAGGCUGUAUUUCUGCCCUUGCUGUACAAAAUCAACGUUCUCCACUGCAAAAGCUCCGCUCUUAUUUGGGGAUCCAGAAACGGGGCAAGCCAUGUUGUGAAGAGGAUCCUCGAUCAUCACAAUGCGGAUGUUAACACUCGUGACCAGAACUCACGGACUGCAAUAUUCCACGCCGUCGAAAACCAAGACGAAGUGAUAUUGGAUAUCCUUCUCAACGACCAUCGAACAAAAGUCAAUUGCCGGGACCGAAAUUCGCAGACGCCAUUGCUCUACGCACUGUGUUCCCGCAAGAGCUCCAUGGCAUACAGACUACUCAAACACCUUGAUAUCUCCGUUACAGCAGAAGAUGGCAAGGGUAGGACGGCUUUAUGGUACGCGAUAGCUACCCACAACAGUCGCCUCAUACAACAGCUUCUCAAGAAAGGGAGAAGCACUAUUGACAUCCCAGACAUCCUGGGGUUCAGCCCACUAAGUGUGGCUAUUUACCAAGGAAAUCUACCCUUGGUGAAACAGCUUCUAUUCCUUCUAUUCCAUACGGCACGACAUGGACAACAUGUUAGAGGGUUUUCAUCACAAACCGCUGAACCUGAUGGUUAUGAUAAGAUCCCCCUUCUAUGUUUGGCUGUUCGAAAGAGAAAGCGGAAAAUCGCCCGCUUAUUGCUCUCCUAUGGAGCCGAUGUGAACGUUCAAGAUUACCUUGGGAAGACUUCUUUGCAUUAUGCAGCAGAAAUUGGCGACCUUAAUUCCAUUGCCAUGCUUCUCAAUUGGGAUGGGAUUGAGCUGAACUCGACUGACUUUCUUGGCCGCACUGCCCUCCAAAUUGCGACAGAGCAGGGGUACUACAAAAUCUUCGUGCUCCUGAUUAAGGCUGGCGCAGAUAUCAAUGCUGUAGAUACGUACCAAAGCACAGUGCUUCAUCAGGCAUCAAUGAAAGGAAAUAUCUCGAUGGUCAAGUUGCUUCUGAGAAUACCUCAGGUGAAUAUCAAUGCGCAAGACAUAUAUGGGUCAACUGCUCUGUGUCUCGCACGAGGAAAACAGGUCAAGCGGCUUCUACUAGCAUGUGAUGGUGUCGACGUGAACGCUACUGGGCUGCACCAAACGGGCGCGCUUCACCAUGCAGUGACGGAAGCAGACCUUUCUACGACGCGUAUCUUGCUUCAGCAUGCUGAACUUGACCCAAAUCAAACCGACGAUAUGGGAUGGACGCCUCUCUAUCAUGCCACCGAUAGUGGCAAUUUGGCCAUGGUCGAACUACUUCUUACCAGGGCAGAUAUUGACGUUAACAAAUCGGCACCUCCGCCACUGUUUGUCGCUGCGCGUUACGGUCAUGUCCAGAUUUUCGAUCGACUCAUCAAAAUGGAAGGUGUGAAUAUCCACAACGGCUGGUGCGGUACAUUGCCGUUGGAUGUCAGUAUCGCCCGUAACCACUGUCACAUUGUGACAGUCCUCAUAAGGCAGCACGUCAAAGAAAACCCAAACCUCACUACCACUUGGUUUGAUAGAGCGCUCGCGACGGCUAGGCAGUGGGGGCACACAGAUCUCGUCAGGGUUCUGCUCGCUAUUCAAUCAAUUAAACAGCAGCGCUAG